UUUUUGCGAGAAAAAAUGCUCUUGCUAAUCCUGCUCCAACUCCUGAUCACCGUUGUAGCAUCCAGAACUGCUCAGUCCAUUGUGCUCCCCACCAGGCCCAUUCCUGGAAAUAACAACCAGGAUACAGGUGGCGCCUCACCCCAAACUGGCAACGCCGUAACCACAGCUGGCUUUGAUGAGACUCGCAACGUAGCAGCAGGCAAUGCUCAAACCACAGCUGGCAGUGCUGCGACUAGCAACGUGGCAACCACACCAGGGAAUGCAGCAACUGCCAACACCACAACCACUGCAGGGAACACAGCGACUGGCAAAGAAGCAACUGGCAAUGCUGCAACCACAGCUGUUAACGCUGCAACUGGCAAUGUUGCAACCAGAGCUGGCAAUGCUGUGACUGGCAACCCCACAACGACAGGAGGGACUGCAGUAACUGGCAAUGCUGCAUCUACCAACACAGCAACCACAGGAGGGAAUGCAGCAACUGGCAAUGCAGUAAUUGGCAAUGCGGCAACCACAGCUAUCAGUGCUGCAACUGGCAACCCUGCAACAACACCAGGGAACACAGCAACUGGCAAUGCUGCAUCUACCAACACAGCAACCGCAGGAGGGAAUGCAGCAACUGGCAAUGCAGUAAUUGGCAAUGCGGCAACCACAGUUGUCAGUGCUGCAACUGGCAACCCUGCAACAACACCAGGGAACACAGCAACUGGCAAUGCUGUGUUUGGCAACCCCGCAACCACAGCAGGGAAAACAGCGACUGGCAGGGCAGCAACUGCCAAUGCUGCAACCACAGCUGUUAGUGCAGCGACUGGCAAUGCUGCGACUGGCAAUACUGUGUCUGGCAACCCCGCAACCACAGCAGGGAACAUAACAACUGGCAGCACAGCGACUGGCAGCGCAGCAACUGCCAAUGCUGCAACCACAGCUGUUAGUGCAGCGACUGGCAAUGCUGCGACUGGCAAUACUGUGUCUGGCAACCCCGCAACCACAGCAGGGAACAUAACAACUGGCAGCACAGCAAACGCCAAUGCUGCAACCACAGCGACUGGCAAUGGAGCAACCACAGCAGGGAACGCAGUGACUGGCAAUGUUGCAACUGGCAACACGGCAACAGGUAAUGCUGCAACCACAACUGGCAACGCCGCAACCACAGCAAGGAACACAGCGACUGGCAAUACAGCAACUGGCAAUGCCAAAACCACAGCUGUUAAUGCUGGAACUGGCAACGCCGCAAACAAAGCAGGGAACGCAGCAACUGGCAAUGCCACAACCACAGCUGGCAAUGUUGCGACUGGCAACAUAGCAACAGGAAAUGCUGCAACCACAGCUAGCAACGCAGUAACUAGCAACGCUGCAUCUACCAACAGAGCAACCACAGGAGGGAAUGCAGCAACUGGCAAUGUGGCAACCACAGCUGUUAAUGCUGCAACUGGCAAUGUCGCAACCAGAGCUGGCAAUGCUGUGACUGGCAACCCCACAACGACAGGAGGGACUGCAGUAACUGGCAAUGCUGCAUCUACCAACACAGCAACCACAGGAGGGAAUGCAGCAACUGGCAAUGCAGUAAUUGGCAAUGCGGCAACCACAGCUAUCAGUGCUGCAACUGGCAACCCUGCAACAACACCAGGGAACACAGCAACUGGCAAUGAUGCGACUGGCAGCACAGCAACCGCCAAUGCUGCAACCACGGCGACUGGCAAUGGAGCAACCACAGCAGGGAAUGCAGUGACUGGCAAUGUUGCAACUGGCAACACGGCAACAGGUAAUGCUGCAACCACAACUGGCAACCCAGCAACCAUAGCAAGGAACACAGCGACUGGGAAUACAGCAACUGGCAAUCCCAAAACCACAGCUGGCAAUGUUGCGACUGGCAACAUAGCAACAGGAAAUGCUGCAACCACAGCUAGCAACGCAGUAACUGGCAAUGCUGCAUCUACCAACACAGCAACCACAGGAGGGAAUACAGCAACUGGCAAUGCAGUAAAUGGCAAUGCGGCAACCACAGUUGUCAGUGCUGCAACUGGCAACCCUGCAACAACACCAGGGAACACAGCAACUGGCAAUGCUGCGACAGGCAAUACUGUGUCUGGCAACCCCUCAACCACAGCAGGGAAAACAGCGACUGGCAAUGCUGCGACAGGCAAUACUGUGUCUGGCAACCCCUCAACCACAGCAGGGAAAACAGCGACUGGCAGCGCAGCAACUGCCAAUGCUGCAACCAAAGCUGUUAGUGCAGCGACUGGCAAUUCUGUGUCUGGCAACCCCGCAACCACAGCAGGGAACAUAACGACUGGCAGCACAGCAAGCGCCAAUGCUGCAACCACAGCGACUGGCAAUGGAGCAACCAUAGCAGGGAACGCAGUGACUGGCAAUGUUGCAACUGGCAACACGGCAACAAGUAAUGCUGAGACCACAACUGGCAACGCAGCAACUGGGAACCCCGCAACCACAGCAGGGAACGCAGUGACUGGCAAUGUUGCAACUGGCAACACGGCAACAGGUAAUGCUGCAACCACAACUGGCAACGCACCAACUGGGAUCCCCGCAACCACAGCAGGGAACGCAGUGACUGGCAAUGCUGAAACCACAGCUGGCAAUGCGGCAACCACAGCUGUCAGUGCUGCAACUGGCAACCCCGCAACCACAGCAAGGAGCACAGCAACUGGCAACGCCGCAACCACAGCUGGCAAUGUUGCCACUGGCAACACAGCAACAGGUACUGCUGUAACCACAGCUGGCAACGCAGCAACUGGCAAUAGUGCGUCUGGCAACACAGCAACCACAGGAGGGAACCCAGCAACUGGCAACCCCGCAACAACACCAGGUAACACAACAACUGGCAAUGCUGCGACUGGUAACCCUGCAACCACAGCAGGCAACGUAGCGACUGGCAACACAGCAAUUGGCAGCGUCAUGACUGUCAACACUGGAGCCACAAUGACAGCCAUUGCGACACACCCAUGCAAAGUAACAAACACCGCAGUUGCGUCCACCCACGUGGGCAGCAUCCUCACAUGUCACCUCGCUGUGGCAUUUCUUAAACUCUACGCAAUAUAAAUCUGCUGUUAGUUGA